UCGGAAACAGGAAAACGAGUCAGGGGUCGGAAUAAAUUUUAGUAUAUUUUGUGGACAAUUCCCAGAAAUUAAUGGCUAUGAGUUCUUUUUUGAUCAACUCAAACUAUGUCGACCCCAAGUUCCCUCCGUGCGAGGAAUAUUCACAGAGCGAUUACCUACCCAGCGACCACUCGCCGGGGUACUACGCCGGCGGCCAGAGGCGAGAGAGCAGCUUCCAGCCGGAGGCGGGCUUCGGGCGGCGCUCCGCGUGCACCGUGCAGCGCUACGCGGCCUGCCGGGACCCUGGGCCCCCGCCGCCUCCGCCGCCGCCUCCGCCGCCCCCGCCACCGCCCGGGCUGUCCCCUCGGGCUGCCGCUCCGCCGCCCUCUGGGGCCCUCCUCCCGGAGCCCGGCCAGCGCUGCGAGGCGGUCAGCAGCAGCCCCCCGCCGCCUCCCUGCGCUCAGAACCCCCUGCACCCCAGCCCGUCCCACUCCGCGUGCAAAGAGCCCAUCGUCUACCCCUGGAUGCGCAAAGUUCACGUGAGCACGGUAAAUCCCAAUUACGCCGGCGGGGAGCCCAAGCGCUCUCGGACCGCCUACACUCGCCAGCAGGUCUUGGAGCUGGAGAAAGAAUUUCACUACAACCGCUACCUGACGCGGCGCCGGAGGGUGGAGAUCGCCCACGCUCUCUGCCUCUCUGAACGCCAGAUUAAGAUUUGGUUCCAGAACCGGCGAAUGAAGUGGAAAAAAGACCACAAGUUGCCCAACACCAAGAUCCGCUCGGGUGGCACCGCAGGCGCAGCCGGAGGGCCCCCUGGCAGGCCCAACGGAGGCCCCCCCGCGCUCUAGUGUCCCCCACGUGGGAGCCGCGAACCUCGGGGCGGGGGUGGGUUGCGAGUGCGGGGGGGGGCGGUUGGGGGAGACGCGGGAGGGGACC